AUGGAGAUCACCGCAAAUGUCUCCUGGACACCGGAUCUUCCUAACAUCUUCCAGAGGAAGCAUGGCUACAGCAUCAAGAAGUAUCUUCCACUUAUAAUUUACAAAAACAACAACAUAGGUCUACAAACGACCGCUCCUGGUACUAUCCAGUGUCUAUUGGAUACCCCCGAUCAGGGUAGUGGGUAUAUCAACGACUACCGGGCUGCUUUAGGGGAAGGGUACCGGGCAUACUUGGAGGGGUUGACACAAUGGGUGAAUGCCAUGGAUCUCCAAUACUCAUCUCAAGUGGGCUACAACUUGAAUCUCGAUGUACUUGCACAUGUUCCUGAUGUGAAUGCACCGGAAUGUGAAAGCCUGGCGUUCGGUGACAGCAUCGAUGGAUAUCGUCAAUUCGUUGGACCAGCUGCUCUCGCCAGCAAACGUGUUAUCUCCAAUGAAAUGGGUGCAGUCAACUACAAAGCAUUCCAGCAUCAAGUUACAGCGCUUUUGUGGGAAAUCGCUCGGGCUAUUGCUGGAGGCGUCAACCAGUUCGUCCUCCACGGACACACAUUCUCCGGAAACUAUGUCGGUACAACGUGGCCGGGUAAUACACCGUUCCACUUUCUUUUCUCCGAGUUGUAUUCUGAGAAACAGCCUUCCUGGAACCAUGGCUUUUCGGAGGCUUUGAACUAUGUGGCUCGAUUGCAAUAUACUCAGCAAAAGGGACAGCCUAAGCUCGAUGUAGCUAUUUAUAAUAAGGACUCCGCUACUGACGCACAGUUCGGCACAAUUUACAACGAGACUGAUCUACUCGAGGAAGGUAAGUUAGCUCUACUGAUAUUGAAGGUUAAAUGA